AUGUCUUGUGCGAAGAUACUGCUCCUCCUGCAGAGUCUGUCCCGAAGAAAACCUCUGGAGCCUGAGGGAGAGGUGUCAAACUUUCGUCGAUGUCUGACCACUCUGGACCUGGUGGCUCUGGGGGUGGGCAGCACAUUGGGGGCUGGUGUGUAUGUGCUGUCAGGAGAAGUGGCCAGAACUGUGGCUGGGCCAAGUAUCAUCAUUGCUUUCCUGAUAGCAGCAGUGGCCUCAGUCUUUGCAGGACUUUGUUAUGCUGAAUUUGGAGCAAGGGUUCCCAAGACGGGCUCUGCUUAUCUGUACAGCUAUGUGACUGUGGGGGAGAUAUGGGCCUUUAUCACUGGCUGGAACCUGCUGCUCUCAUAUGUUAUAGGUAAAAAGAAUGUGAAUGUGUAAUUAUCAUCUUAAAAUAUCUUUUCUCGUCUUAUUUCCUGCCUUAAAACUAUUGCACCUUUAGUUUUUAUCGUCACUAACUCAACUUGUGAGUUUAUCAUACUGGUUUUACUGUUGUACUACAUUUUUCUGUGAAUCCUUCUGUUACGAAGGGACAUCAAGUGUUGCCCGAGCAUGGAGUGGGACGUUUGAUGAUCUAAUUGGAAAUGUUAUUGCCAACUCCCUUGGCAAAAAUGCUGCAAUGGACCUACCAGGCUUAGCCCCUUACCCAGACUUCUUUGCAGCUGGCCUCAUAAUGCUUCUGGCAGGUAAGUCCACCAAUUUUAAUCCUUAUGAAUAAAAGUUUCAAGAGUUUUCCAUUUCAAUCUUUGAAUAAAUGAAUGAAAUUAAAACAAAACGGUUAUAGUUACAUCUUAGUUUAUAGCAUCUUUUGGCCUGUAUUUAUUCUUCUCUUUACAAGUAGCUUCAGUUAUUUUAAAACACUGAGUCAGUUUCACUUUUUCUCUGUGUUUCCUCAUCAGGGAUUCUUGCAUUUGGUGUUAAAGAGUCAGCUAUUGUAAAUAAGGUUUUUACAGCAGUGAACAUCCUGGUGCUGCUGUUUGUAAUCCUCUCUGGAGUCAUUAAAGGUGACAUCAACAACUGGUACCUUGAUGAAGAAACCCUCCUUGUUGGAUCUGAGUAAGGCAUUUCAUUUUUUACACACUGCAUCAUCAAGCAAAGAAUAAGUAUUUCUCAAGCUUCUCUAAAAAGCAUAAAUUAUUUUUUAUUAGCUUUGCGUGAUAGAGAUGCUUUAAAUCUUCUUUCCCACCUUUGAUUAUAGAUCAUUUUUUGAUGACUACACAUUGACAUUAAUCUAUUCUUCUCAGAAAUCACACAACCUUGAAUGAAACAACCACAUUUGGCAGAGGGGGAUUUUUCCCUUUUGGCUUUGAAGGAACAUUAGCAGGAGCAGCCACGUGUUUUUAUGCAUUUGUUGGAUUUGACUGCAUUGCCACAACAGGUAAAAUAUUAACAUGCAUAGAUAUACUACCAGAAAAACGGUUAUGGGGUGCAUGGCAUUACAAAAGAUACUGAAUUUACUGCAAAAUAAAAUGUGUUUUUCAGGAGAGGAGGUUCAGAACCCUCAAAAGUCAAUUCCACUUGGGAUCGUGGCAUCCCUCCUCAUUUGCUUCCUGGCUUAUUUCGGUGUCUCUGCUGCUCUGACUCUGAUGAUGCCAUAUUAUUUGCUCAGUGCUCACAGCCCACUGCCUGUGGCUUUUAACUACAUCGGCUGGGGCCCUGCAAAAUAUGUGGUGGCAGUGGGAUCCCUGUGUGCUCUGUCAACAAGGUAAAGGUAACACAACGUGCCAUCUAAGACUGCAAACACUCUGCAAAUUAAAGCAACACUGCCUCAUGCUGCUGAGUUUUAUCAAAAUUUAUUGGUUAACAUUUACAGUUCAAUUAAUGAAGAUAAUUGGAAUCUGUGUUUCAUAUUAAAAUAGAAACAUAUAAAAAUCAAUAACUAAGUGGUUUUUGGUCAUUGAUUGAAGCUUUUUUCCACAGCCUCUUGGGAUCAAUGUUCCCAAUGCCCCGUGUUCUCUUUGCAAUGGCCAGAGACGGACUUCUCUUCAGACCUCUCAGUAAAAUGAGUGACAGACAAAGUCCAGUCAUUGCAACUCUGGCUUCAGGGGUUGUUGCAGGUAAAUCUAGUGACAUUAGUCAUCAAUGUGUGAACUUUUCUCUCUUGGCUUAACAUCAAUGUUUCCUUUAAAGUUGCAAAGCAGAAAUGAAAAAAUCCACAGAAUGAACUGUUGUGUUUCAGCUGAAGUAGGAAUUUGAAUUUCAUUUAUGUAUUUUCAGCUGUCAUGGCAUUGUUGUUUGACCUGAAGGCACUGGUUGACAUGAUGUCAAUAGGGACCCUCUUUGCCUACACACUGGUUGCUAUAUGUAUCCUCAUAUUAAGGUAGGAUGUAUCCUACUAAGACAAGUUGUAUUAUCACCUGAUAUAUAUGUGUAUACUUUAAAACGUUGUGUUUAUCAGUCAUGCCAGUUUGGCCAGUGUUGUGUGUCAGGGCUGGAUAUAACCAGAAGGUGAGGUGGUGAGAAAUUACAGUUUGUUUGUACCAGUCUCAGCAGAAGUCUAACAUUAGGUGAAAUAGAUAAUAACAUGUAGCCUGUUUAAUGAAGCCCAGUGUAGUUGGCUAAAUUAUUAAGCAUUAUAGUUUGAGUCAUUGCUAUUUUCAGUGUACAAAGUUCCUAUAGAAAAACAUGUGAUUUAAACCCAAUUCCUGUAUGCAUUAAAUCAAAAUUCCUCACUUUUACAGGUAUCAAGCUGAUCUCAGUGAGGAUUCGAGUUUCAGCAAAACAGAGCCCUUUACAGUGACUGGAGUCUUAUUUCCUCUCCCACAAGCCACCAUGCGAACGUCAAGAAAUGUGUCAUUUUUAACUACUUUGAUUAGUGAGUGAUCCUCUGAGUAAAAUCCUUUAAAAUCAUACUGAAUGAUUUAACCUUUUUUUUUUUUACACUGACAUUAUCCUCCUCAGUCUUUUCAGCUGUCGUCCUGAGCCUGCUCAUAUCUGGGACAGUGGACUCCCUGCAGGCCCAGGAGUGGUGGAGUUUACUUUGUGUCACUAUAAUUGCUCUGAUGCUGGCUCUCAUUACCCUGAUCAUCUGGAGACAACCACAGAGUACAACAAAAGCUGCUUUCAUGGUAUGCCCCAUUCAUCUUCAAUUUGGAGGGGGCAUGUGGUGACAAGGGUGACGUGGCAUGCAGUGACAAAAAUAUCAAUCAGUCACAUUCUUCUUUUAGUUUCAAAGUUCUUACCAAAUGACUGAAAGUUUUCAUGAUAUUUUAAAAGAUAAUUCUGCUCUUUUAAAUAUACAGGUUCCUUUUGUGCCAUUUCUUCCUGUUUUCAGCACUUUUGUCAAUGUGUAUUUAAUGGUCCAACUCGGAUCAGACACAUGGAUCCGCUAUGCAGUGUGGAUGGCAGUAGGUAUGUAAAAAUAUCACUGUAUUCACCUUCAAUUUUAAUCAAACACCAAAGCAUGAACCUAUAUUAUUUAUCUCUUAUUUGUGCAGGUUUACUCAUCUACUUCUGUUAUGGUGUUCAGCACAGCGUGCAGAAACAAAGGCUUCAAAAUUCACACAACAAAGUCAGCAUCCACAGUAUCACCACCACCAUGGAGGAAAAUUUUGAACCUGGACAAGAUUUUAAUGGUUAG